UGAAGUGAGUGCUUGGAGGAGGAGCUGUCAAAGUUGGAGUGAGGGAAGAAAAGGAAAGGAAAAGGAGACGAAGAAGUAAUGCGUCUUUCCACAAGCAGUGGAGAACAUCGCCGCUUUUCCUCGGUAACUUUGUUUAUCCCGAAGACGAUGGCCGUCCGCCUGGUGGACUGGCUGACACUCACCUCUCUGCUCCUCCUGGGUUCUACGGUUCUGGCGGAAAAGAAAGUGUGCCAAGGCAUCACCAACCGUUUAAACCUGCUGGGGUCCAAAGAGGACCACUACUUGAACAUGGUGAAGACCUACAGCAACUGCACCGUGGUUCUGGAGAAUCUGGAGGUCACAUACAUGGAGGAACACCGCGACUUGUCCUUCCUCAGGACAAUAGAAGAAGUGGGUGGCUACGUCCUCAUCGCCCUGAACACAGCCUCCAAGAUUCCGCUGGACAACCUACGCAUCAUUCGUGGUCACUCGCUGUACGAGGGAGGCUUUGCGCUCACUGUGCUGGCGAACUAUGACAAAGCCUCCGGUCAGGGCACCAACAGGCUCCUUCUUAACAGCCUUACAGAAAUUCUCAAAGGAGGAGUGAUGUUUGAGAAGAACCAGCUGUGCAACGUGGAGACUAUCCAGUGGUACGACAUUGUAAAUGUGGACAAUAAACCCAAAAUGCAGCUGCCGGUGGCCAGCAACAACCCACUUUGUAAAAAAUGUCACUCAAGCUGCUUCAACGGCUCCUGCUGGGCACCGGGCCCCCAAAACUGUCAAACUUUAACCAGGCUGAACUGUGCACAGCAGUGCUCCAAGAGAUGCAAAGGACCUUCACCCAGUGACUGCUGCAAUGAGCACUGUGCUGCAGGUUGCACGGGACCCCGACCCACCGACUGUCUGGCCUGUCGGGACUUCCAGGACGAUGGGGUGUGCAAGGACUCCUGCCCGGGCCUCAUGCGCUAUGACCCCAACCUGCACCAGCUGGUACCUAACCCGCACGGAAAGUACAACUUCGGCGCCACCUGUGUGAAGAGCUGCCCACAUAACUACGUUGUGACCGACCACGGAGCGUGCGUGAGGACCUGCAGCGGGAACACUUAUGAGGUGGAGGAGGGCGGCAUCAGGAAGUGUGCCAAAUGUGAUGGACUGUGCCCUAAAGUGUGCAAUGGACUGGGCACAGGCAACCUGACACACACCCUGUCCAUCAAUGCCACCAACAUCGAUUCAUUCAAAAACUGCACCAAAAUCAAUGGCAACAUCGCCUUCAUCCACACCUCCAUUCACGGAGAUACGUACACCAAAACACCAAAGAUGGACCCCGUCCAGCUGGACGUGUUCAAGACGGUAAAAGAAAUAACAGGAUACUUGUGGAUCCAAACAUGGCCGUCAAGCAUGAACUCCCUCAGUCCUUUCGAGAACCUGGAAAUCAUCCGAGGACGAACCAAACGGGGCAGCCGGAGUGUGGUUAUGACUCAGCUGGAGAUCAGCUACCUGGGAAUGCGAUCCCUCAAAGAAAUCAGUGACGGAGACGUGGUCAUCAUCAAGAACCAGAACCUCUGUUACACUGACGGAAACCACUGGAAGGGGCUCUUCAAAUCUGGAACACAGACUGCUAUUGUGGGUGACAAUGCCGAUGCUGACACAUGCGCUCAGAGAAACGACACUUGCGAUCAUAAGUGCACUGCAGAUGGAUGCUGGGGUCCUGGCCCUGACAUGUGUUUUGCCUGCCGGGACUUCAGUCGCGGCGGGAGCUGUGUGGACUCCUGCAACAUCCUGGAGGGGGAGCCGCGGGAGGCUGUCGUGAAGAAGACAUGCGUGGAUUGUCACCCUGAGUGCCAGCAUAUGAACAGAACAGCAACCUGCAGUGCUCCAGGUUCUGCCAACUGCACCGAGUGCGCCAACUUCAGGGAUGGACUCUUCUGCGUCGCCCGCUGCCCUCAAGGUGUGCCGGGUGAGGACGACGCUCUCGUGUGGAAAUACGCCGACGACUUAAAAGUGUGCCAGCUGUGUCACCCCAACUGCACCCAAGGGUGCACAGGGCGUGGUAUCCAAGGCUGCCAGGGGAAAAUUACUUCGGGCCUGUCCAUGAUUGCAGCGGGUGUGGUUGGUGGCCUUCUGGCAUUCCUGGUUGUAGCCCUGUCUGUGUUUGUGUUUCUACGGCGACGCCACAUCAAGAGGAAAAGGACCAUGCGCAGACUUCUCCAGGAGAAGGAGUUGGUUGAACCUCUGACUCCAAGCGGCGAAGCACCCAACCAAGCACUGCUACGCAUCUUGAAGGAACCCGAAUUCAAGAAAAUCAAAGUGCUGGGAUCUGGGGCUUUUGGUACAGUUUACAAGGGCCUUUGGGUGCCAGAGGGAGAGGACGUAAAGAUCCCAGUGGCCAUCAAGGUUUUGAGAGAAGCCACGUCGCCCAAAGCCAACAAAGAGAUCCUGGACGAGGCGUACGUGAUGGCAAGCGUGGAACACCCACACGUGUGCCGCCUGCUGGGCAUCUGCCUGACCUCCACGGUGCAGCUAGUGACCCAGCUGAUGCCUUUCGGCUGCCUGCUGGACUAUGUCAAGGAGAACAAGGACAGCAUCGGGUCGCAGUACCUGCUCAACUGGUGUGUGCAGAUUGCUAAGGGUAUGAACUACCUGGAGGAGCGUCACUUGGUCCACCGCGACUUGGCAGCUCGAAACGUCCUGGUGAAGACUCCUCAGCACGUCAAGAUCACAGACUUUGGCCUGGCCAAGCUGCUGAAUGCCGAUGAGAAGGAGUACCACGCUGACGGAGGAAAGGUACCCAUUAAGUGGAUGGCUCUGGAGUCCAUUCUAAACAGAACAUACACGCACCAGAGUGACGUAUGGAGCUACGGUGUGACAGUGUGGGAGCUGAUGACAUUCGGGACCAAACCGUAUGACGGCAUUCCGGCCAGUGAAAUAGCUGGUGUGCUGGAGAAAGGCGAGCGUCUGCCUCAGCCUCCAGUGUGCACCAUAGACGUCUAUAUGAUCAUGGUCAAAUGUUGGAUGAUCGACGCAGACAGUCGACCACGUUUCAGAGAACUAAUAGCAGAAUUCACAAAAAUGGCGCGGGAUCCUCCUCGUUAUCUUGUCAUCCAGGACGAUGAGAGCAUGCACGUGCAGAAUCCUCCCGACAAUAAAUUCUACCGCAGCCUGGUCAGCAGCGAGGACAUGGAGGACGCAAUUGACGCGGAUGAGUACCUUGUGCCACAGCACGGCUUCUUCGCCAGCCAGAGCACGUCUCAAACGCCACUGCUUCACUCCACUAGCCUGAACAGCAGCAUUGGAACAUGCUACAGCAGAAAUGGCCUGCAGGUAUGGAAAAAUGAGAAUGGAUUACCCAGCAGAGAUGGAAGCAUAGUUCUUCGUUAUAUCCCAGACCCCACGGAUAAACUUUUAGACGACGCUUUCCAGCCUGCCCCAGACUACAUGAACCAGAACACAUCGUCAGACAUGAUGAACCCGGUCUACCCGCAGCCCGGUCCUCCCCGCGCCCUCCUCCCCACAAUCUCCUCGGAUGAUACUGAGGCCGAGUACCUGAACUGCUUCAAAAACGGGCUCAACGGACCCGAGUACCUCAAUGAAUUUCCAUCCACCGGUGCUAUCAUCGCUCCACUUACAUCCAAUGGCGGACUUGUUCACAAAUACAUGCCACAAAAUAGUAUAGACAACCCCGAUUACCAACGCAGUUUCACGCCCACCUUCAAGGCCCGCACUAACGGGCAUGUACCGGCAGCAGAGAACACAGAGUACCUGGGCCCGGACUGAAUCGAGAAAGUUUUCCUUAGUGGUACCAUCAGUUAUUAAGGUGACACUUUUGUACAGCUUUGCAUCACCUGUGGAGUUGUUUUCUUCUUAAAGCCACAGACACACCAAGAACUUGACCUGAAAGAUCAAUGUGUGAAAGUGAAAAUCCCCCGUGACUCUGUGGGCAGAAGACCAGAAGUAAGGCGGAAGCAUCCAAAAAGGGAACUGAAAUGAGAAGCUAAAGCCAAAACCGACUGGCUUGACAUGCGACAACCACUCAAGAUAGGACAGACCUUGACGAGGAGCCCUCCCGCCUGCCUGGCUCUGACGGGAGCUCUUAGGAGUCCAAUGCUGGACUGACUCUUUCUGAAUGAGGACACAAGAUUGCACAGAAUGAAGAAUCGUCCACUUUUGGGGGGAAAACUAGUGAUCUGCAUCGAAAUAUGUCACAUUUAUAACUUGAAGGCAGUGUCUUAAUAUGGAAGAAAGUGUAAUAUUAUGCAAAUGAUGACCGUGGAAAAUUCCAAACCUGCAGCACUUAUGUAACACUAACGCUGCGUUCACACUUGUAGCUAUUUGGUGCAGUUCACUUAGUUUUCACACUGGUAUUUAUGUCAUGGGACCAAAGGCUACACAGUAAAAAAAAAACAUAUGCAUAAAGUAAGGACUUGAUGAGGCAGCUUUUGUGACUUUUUACAUGAAGUAGCUCAAAUAUUCCAAACCAAUAUCCCGUCUGAUGGUUUGAAUAUGCAGCUUAUUUUUAUAUUCUGCUAUAUUUACCAUCUUGGAUUUUGCAAAACGCUUCUUAAAUAUACAAAAGGUUGUGGGAUGGUCUCAAAGGAGGGUGGAGGGGACAGAACAAAAAGACAGCACCUUUUCUCUUUCAUAUUUAUCAUUGCUGCAUGUUUUUGGUGUCAUUUUAACACCGCUCCAUGUCUUGCAUCCGUGUUGUGUUCACAUUUUAUUUCACAGCGGAACGAGACCCUUUCUCCGUGGACUCGACCCACAUUUGGUGCACACCAGGAUUCGGAUAAUGGUAUUCACAUUGACUCAAAUGAACCGUACCGGCAGAUCAAAAGCACUAGAGUUCCUUUUAACCGAACCAAACAUGCCAAGUGUGAACACAACAGUAUUGUAUCCUCUCCCUGUGGCUGUCAUUGUGUCUUAUUUGUGUGUGCAGAUCAGAGUGGAUGGCAACAUUUUAUGUGUCUAGACACCACUUGAGAUCUCUGGUAGGCCAAAAUCUUUCAUUUGUCUUUACAAAAGGGUUAACUAUAGUUGACAGAUUCCCUACUAGGCAGAGUCACCACACUGCAAAAACUAAAGCCUAAGUAACAGAAAUCAAGUCAAAAAUACUUAUUUGGGAGUUCAACCAAUUUACUUAUCUGAAGUAAUAUGUGCUCCAAUAUGAGCUGUGUAAUUGUUACAUUAAGGAACAUCACAUUUACACUUGCACUAUAAAAAGUGUCUGGUAAGAAUCUUAUUCAUCCAAAAAAUGAGCACAUAUGAUGUGGAUUUCAGCUAUUUAAUCAGGCUUAUAGUUCACUUUUAGUCGUGUAGAAUAUUAUCGUAAACACACUAGAGGACAGGGAGAGAAGCUGAAGCUGAUUUUUUUAAACCUUAAUAAUGAUUUGUAGUACAUGACAAAGUGGAAAGGAAAACAUAGCUCUUUUUGAACGAGAGUAUUGCACAACACAACAGCGACAGAGCCAGUGUUGUAAUAACAGCAAGGAGCAAACUGUAAGUUCAUUGUAAACAACAGUAUGGAAGACAUGGUGUUUUAAAGUGCACACAGAGCUAGAUAGAGAAGCAAAAAAAACAAAACACAUUACAAUUACAUCAUCCGGAAAGGGGAUGUACCAAAUCCCAGAGUUUAUAGGAAGUGAUAACAUUUGGACCAGUCAACAACGACGUGUUGGUACAUUCCUUUUUCUGGUUUCUCUCUGUAGCCGAGAAAUGCAACACACACACACAAAACCAAUUACAAUCACACCCCUGGUAAACCCUCAUUAAAAUAUUUGAUGUACUCCUGUGGUACAUCAGUUCCUUCCUUCUGCUAGUUGCAUGCACAAAACCUAAACUUGGGAGACGUCACACUAUUUUCUAUGGCAUCGUGUACAGUAUGUGCAUUCAACUACCACAUGGAAGAAACAGAUGACCACACAUAUAGGAGCAUAGCAUAGGAGUAUUUGUGGUAAUUGUGCUUUCAUCCACUUGUGUAGGACCUCCGGUGGGAUACAUUGUGGCCAUCUACGACGUGUAUUUCUUGUUUAUGUUAAGUAGGAGAGCAAGUCAAAACCAGACCAAACUUCCAAACACAUUCCAUCUGUGGAACAGAGUCCACGUUGUGUGUGUUUACCUAAACUAGUAUUUCCCUGUGAUUGUAUAUCACAUUUAGUGUACAGUAUAGUUCUUCCCAGGCUGUAUAGACACUGUAGCUCCCGGUGGUUCCUCUGUGCAAGAGUGGUAACGAUGAUAUUCCUAGUUUUAAAGGAAUGCACUAAUGUAGCAACCUGUUGAUGCCUAUACUUUUGCAGAUGUAACACAGGUACAUGUACAGGUAUGUAACAAUAAUGCUGUGAUAGAUGAUAUAUAGUCUGCUGUAAUAUACUAUAUAUGUGUUAAGGAUACACACACAUAUGUACUGCCCCGUAUAUGCAACCUGUUUAAAAACAUAGUAUAUGAAUAAAUUGU